UUUCUGGGUCUCUUCUUAAAGCAGUCAGAGUUAAAGUCCCAGAACGCCAGUUAAAGUUAAGGCUAUAGCCAAAUGCUUUCCUUUCUUUAGAGCGGACAUUAUCCACCCACUCUCAGGAGUCUUUGGUACUGGCGGACUUCCGGGAACGCUGGAAGAGAGAGAAAGGACUGGGUGUAAACUGGAGUCUGCCGCGUGAUAAGUGACAAAGCUGAGAGGCCCACAGCACCCAAAGGACACAGGCCCAGAGACUCUGAGGAAAAUGAAGUUUCCCUGCCUAUCCUUCCGGCAGCCCUACGCUGGUUUAAUCUUAAAUGGAGUCAAGACUCUUGAGACACGUUGGCGUCCCCUGUUGAGCAGCGUUCAGAAAUACACCAUUGCCAUCCACAUUGCUCACAAGGACUGGGAAGAUGAUGAAUGGCAGGAAGUGCUCAUGGAGAGGUUGGGGAUGACCUGGACACAGAUUCAGACCUUACUACAGGCAGGAGAAAAGUACGGCAGAGGCGUGAUAGCUGGACUUAUUGACAUUGGAGAGACUUUUCAGUGUCCAGAGACCUUAACUGCUGAGGAGGCUGUGGAACUGGAAACUCAAGCUGUGCUAACCAAUCUGCAGCUGAAGUACCUGACUCAAGUUUCAAACCCCAGGUGGUUACUGGAGCCCAUACCUAGGAAAGGGGGAAAGGAUAUAUUCCAGGUAGACAUCCCAGAGCACUUGAUCCCACUGGAGAAAGAAUGACUGCUCUGGAAAACAACUGAAGAAUGGCUCUGCCAGUAGACCAUCAGAGUGUGCACCUCCAAAUCUCAAUCUAGGAGACUCGGAUCCACUCCUGCAGAGCACAGCUCACUAGCUGGGUGCUGUUUCCAGCCUGCUCUGCCCUCAUGAAGGGCAUGGCAGUAAACACAUCCCUCAUGCUGUGGCGCUGCCAACAGAACUACAGAGCCUUGAGAACUUUGACCUUUAGGGAAAAGGAAACGUCCCAGGAAAUGAUAUUUGCCUGAGGUUCACUUUACUCCUGCUGUUUUCUGGAUUGCACAAAUAAAUCUGAUAAUAGUUAAGUGU